AUGAAACAAUUGGAAGGCUGUAGUAAAAAAAUAGAAGAUUUAUUUAUCAAAUGUUUUUAUUAUCAUGGCUUACUGGUUGGUCGUUAUCCUGGACGAUUUUUGAUUGGUUCAUUGCUAUUAACAGCAAUUUGUAUGACAGGAUUACCUGCUUUACAAAUUAAUUUGGAUCUUUACAAAUUGUUUGUUCCAUGGGAUGCACCUGUACGACAAGAAUUUGAAAGAUUAACAGUUUUUAACGAAAUGCCGCUGGGAAUUUUGCAGAAUACUAAUCGAAUUAAACGACAAGUUGACAUUCUCAAAGAUCCUAUUCGCAUUGAUGUCAUUCGAUUUUAUGCAAUACAUGAAGAGAAUUCGAAUUUGCUCGAAUCACGUACGUUACGUAUGAUAUAUCGUUAUACCACUGAAAUUAUGAAUACCACUGUUGAAUUUAAUGGCAAAAUUUAUCGAUUUGAGGAUUUUUGCCAGAAAGAUUAUGAUGAAGAAAAAUGUUCAAAUGAAUUGAAUGUUUGGCUAAAGCAUGCAGAAAUACUUUUCCGUGACGGAAAAGCUAAUUCAAAUCCAAAUUUACAACUAUCAUAUCCGGUUAUGUAUUUAUUUAAUCGACCAAAGGAUAUUGGUCAAGUGAUUUAUGGUGUAAAUGUAACUGGUCGAAAACGUGAAAUAAGUAGUGCAAAAGUGGUAACAGUACAUUGGUAUAUCAAUUUCAAGAGUUCACCUGAAAAAGAGAAAGCUUAUGUAGCAUUUCGAAAAGCACUUGAUAAUUUUUGGCUUUCCAAAAAGAAUGAAUCGAAGCUUAAAUUCAUUCCACAUAAUGAUAAAGCAAUGAACGAUGAAUUACUUUUGAUUAUCGAAGUAGCACUACCAUUUGCAGCUGUUGUUUCAUUGCAAUUGAUGCUUUUCGUCGUUCUUUCAAAUUAUUCCAGAGAUAUUAUCAAAUCAAAACCAGUGGAAGGUUAUCUGGCAGUGAUAUCAGUUAUCUUAUCACUAAUUUGUACUUUUGGACUGCUCUUUCGUCUUGGAAUGCCUUUCAAUCCAGUAUCAUGCACAAUGCCAUUUUUGAUCCUUGCAGUUGGUGUUGAUGAUGCAUUCCUGAUGUUAGGCGCUUGGCGUACCACUAAUCGGCGCUUAUUGGUUGAGGAACGCAUGGCGCUAACAAUGAGUGAUGCCGGUUUAUCCAUUACUGUAACAUCGGUUACUGAUUUCGGUUGUUUUGCUCUUGGUUAUUUCUUAUGUCCAAUUCCGGCUGUUUCGGAUUUUUGUCUGUUAACGGCUACCGGUAUUAUGAUGGAUUAUCUCUUCCAAAUAACAUUUUACGCAUCCGUUAUGGUUUACGGUGGUCGAAAAGAAGCUGAUGGUGGCUUAUUAGCAUGUUGCUAUAAAUUAAAAUCAAGAAAAAAUACAACAAACGAUCACUACAUGCAACAACCUUACAUUCAUCGAUGGUUUGGUGACACCUAUGCUCCAUUCAUAUUACGUAAAGAUGUUCGAAUUAUUUCAAUGAUUGCUUUCCUCAUUUAUGCUUCAUUAGCAAUUUAUGGUUGUAUAUCUAUUUCAGUUGACAUAAGUCCUAGAAAGUAUAUUCGUGAUGAUUCACCCAUUCAACCUUUUAUUAAUCUUGCUGAUAAAUAUAUUUGGGCUGAUAACGUGAUGCCCGUGUUUCACGUGAUGAAUCCACCGGAUUUUCGUACGACAGAAGCACGAGCUCGAAUGAACGAAUUAAUCUAUCGUCUCGAACAUACAACUUAUAGCAUUGGACGAGUAUCAACAAAUUUUUGGCUCUGGGAAUAUCAGCGAUUUCUAAAUGAUUUUCCAAAUAUUAAUUAUACCAAAAAUUUCUAUGAAAAGAAAUAUUUGAUUGAUUUUUUUGAUCAAUCCGAUAGUCAACAAUACAGAACUUACGUAAAAAUGAAAAGCAAUGUGACAAAUGGAGAGCCAUGUAUAGCAGCUUUUGCAUUUCAAACUAGUUUUUAUGGACUUGAUUCAUGGGAGAAACGACAUAAUGAACUAUAUCGAUGGCGUGCAAUGAUCGCAGAAUAUUCUGAUUUUGACAUCUUUCUUGCUGGCAUUUUUUCACCAUUUCUGAUUGAUCAACGUAAAAGCAUAGCACCGUCUUCUAUGCAAUCAAUUGGAUCAGCAAUUUCUGUUAUGGCAAUUUUAUCUGUCUUUUUCCUACCUGAUAAGCAAUCAGUGUUCUUCAUGACUUGGAGUUUAUUAUCUAUUUCAAUGGGUGUUUGUGGUGGUUUAUCACUUUGGGGUAGUGAUUUAGAUUCAGUUUCAAUGGGUUGUAUUGUUAUGGCUAUUGGUUUAGCAGUUGACUUUUCCAUACAUAUUUGCUAUAGAUAUCAUCGAUCAUCUCAAAAAACAGCAAAUGAAAAGGUACGAGAAUCUUUAAUGAUGGUUGGUUGGCCAGUAUUACAGGCUGGUGGUUCCACUUUAUUUUCCAUGUUGUCAUUGCCAUUAAUACCUGCUUACCUGGUACGCGUCUUCUUUCAAACUGUGAUGCUUGUUAAUGUAAUUGGAUUAACUCAUGCGCUUUUAUGGUUACCACAAUUAAUUUCAUUGUUAGAUCCUUGUGAGCGAAUACCACUUAGGUUCCGAUAUCCUUUAAAGGGGUAUGAACCACAAUCCUGA